UCUGUCGCACACAAAUGCCUGAGGUGUUUCAAGCUACGGGCUCAAACAGUCAGUCCUAUAAUGGGUAAUUUGCCUGAGCAGCGCCUCAAUCCAGGUUAUGUUUUUCAAACCACGGGUGUAGAUUACGCGGGGCCACUUAUCGCCGCUGACCGUAAGGGACGUGGAUGUAAACUAAUCAAGGUCUAUGUUGUAGUGUUUGUGUGUUUCACCACUAAGUGUCUGCACCUCGAGCUGGUCACAAGUUUAACAAAGGAGGCAUACAUUGCUGCCUUACACAGGUUUAUUGCGCGUCGCGGAAAACCUGCAACUAUCUUUUCAGAUAAUGGCACUCAGUUUGUUGGGGCCAAAAAUGAGCUUAAUGCUUUCUUAAAGCAGAACUCUUCCUCCAUUUCCGAGUUUAUGGCGAAUGAAUUUGUUGAUUUUAAAUUCAUUCCAGCCUACGCACCUCAUUUUGGGGGGCUAUGGGAGGCUGGGGUUAAGUCUUUUAAACAUCAUUUAACCAGAGUUAUAGGCGACUCCCAUCUUACAUUUGACGAACUCUACACGAUUUUAGUCAAAAUAGAAGCUACGCUUAACUCACGACCUCUAUCACCAAUAUCUUCAGAUCCAUCAGAUCUCAAUCCAUUAACGCCAGGUCACUUUUUGGUCGGACGUCCUCUUACCGCUCUGCCAGUUCCUCCACUGGAAAAUGUAAAUCCGACCAGAUUGCAGCGAUGGAAUCGCGUUGAACAAAUCCACCAGCACUUCUGGACGAGAUGGCAGAAGGAAUAUGUCUCUGAGUUGCAGCAAAAGACAAAAUGGAGGUCAUGCAAAGGACACCUCGACACUGGAACGAUGGUCAUCAUCAAGGAAGACGCUGUGCCACCUUUAAAAUGGAGCCUUGGACGUAUCGUGCGUGUCCAUCCAGGCAUCGACGGAGUAAACAGAGUCGCCGAUAUCCAAACAAAUCGAGGCAUCAUCAGAAGAGCCUUCAAUCGAAUCUGUCCUCUUCCACUGGAUGACGAGCCUGUUGAAAGCAGGACUUUCAACGCCGGGGGGCAUGUUAAGGAACCCUAAUCUCACGGACAUCCGAGGGGAGUGCACCGCGCGGGAGGGGCAGCCGCAUCUAAUUUGCAUAAUCACUCUUCGACGUUCGCUGUUGACGAGCGCACAUAUACUUACGCCCUUUUUAGAAAUCAAAAUCAGUGUCAAAAUGGUGUA